UUAGUGUGGUUCAUCUACAAAACGAGUUCACACGUGAUUCGGUCUACAAGCCCGUUAGACUGUUAGGUUGUCGUUAAACGCUCUCCCCGUUUAUAUCGCGUUGGCGUGAACGAUUGUGAUAUUUUCCCGUCCGAUUGACUCGGCUCCGCUGCCAAGAUGAACAAAAGCGUCGCUUCGACGGUACACAAAAAUGCGAACGGUGCCAACAAUUGGCUGAAGUUCACCAAUAGUUCGCCGCCGCCAACUAGUAAUUUGAAAAAGUCCAUCGUACAGAAACCGGAGAAAAAAGAAAUCGAAGUUGUAGCAAUCGAUUGUGAAAUGGUCGGCAUACAUGAUGAUGGCCAAGCGAGUAUGUUAGCUCGUGUUUCAAUUGUCAAUUCUAAAGGGGAAACUAUUUAUGAUAAAUUCGUUAAACCCACAGAAAGUGUAACUGAUUACCGAACACCAGUGAGUGGUAUUCGACCAGAGGACAUUGAAAAUGGUGAAAUAUUUACUAAAGUUAAAAAAGAAGUUUUACAAAUACUCAAAAAUAAGUUGUUAGUUGGUCAUGCGAUAGAACAUGACUUGAAGGUUUUGAGAAUUUCACAUCCUAAACAUAUGAUUAGGGAUACGUCAACAUAUUGGCAGUUCAAGCAAUUGACAGAAGGCCGAAGACCUGGUCUCAAACGAUUGACAUUACAUUUUCUUGGAGCUAGUAUACAAGAAGGUGAGCAUAGUUCAGUACAAGAUGCCAAAGCAGCAUUACAGCUUUAUAUGUUGGUACGAAAAGAUUGGGAAUUACUACUGAAAAAAAGAAGGAGCCGUCCUAAGAAUGGAAACAAAUCACAAAAUGGAUCACAGAGAAGACACAAAUAAUUUUUUUUUCUUAUUUUUGUACUAAAUAAUAAAUAUUUUAUUUUGUAUUAUGAUAAGAGAGUUAUU